AUGAAUUCCACAGCAAAGCUUUUAAUCCUUCUCACAAGUUUUUUGUGCCUGUUUCUUCUCAUAACUCUAUUCAAAUUCCUUCACAAAUAUUGGUGGAUACCUUUACGCAUACAGUACGCACUGAGUUUACAGGGAAUCAAAGGACCUCCAUAUGAAUUCAUCCAUGGAAACAACAAAGCAUCUGUCCAAUUCAGAAAAGAAGCAUUAAACAAACCUAUGGCUGCCUUAACUCACGAUAUAUUUCCCAGGGUGCUGCCUCAGUUUUACUCCUGGACCAACAUAUAUGGGAAGAAUUAUCUUACCUGGGAAGGAACUCAAGCUCAACUGGUAAUUUCAGAACCAGAACUAGUCAAAAAGGUUCUGAAAAAUAUCGAAGGAUCUUUUCCGAAAAAGAAGGCCGAAGGCUUUAUCUAUAAGUUACUUGGGGACGGGCUUCUGACAACCGAAGGUGAAAAAUGGGCCAGGCAAAGGAAGUUGGCAAAUCAUGCUUUUCAUGGGGAGAGCUUAAAAAGCAUGAAUCCAGCAAUAAUUGCUGCCGUUGAGACAAUGCUAGAGAAGUGGAAAGGUCAAGAAGGGAAAGAGAUCGAAGUGUUUGAACAAUUCAGGUUACUGACUUCAGAAGUUAUAUCUAGAACAGCUUUUGGUAGCUGUUACUUGGAAGGGGAGAAGAUUUUUCAAAUGUUGACUAAAUUAUCAAUACUUGCUACCAGAAAUCUCUAUAAAUCUCGGAUUCCUGGCAUCAGAAAGGAAAUACCUAGAAGUCACUUGAGUGCAAAAUCUGAAAUAUGA